AAUCGCGGGGCGCCGGGGGAGGAGCCCCGAAAGGGGAAAAAGAAAGUGCGGCGGAAAGUAAGAGGCUCGCAGGGCUCAGACAGCCCGGGCUCAGGUCCCCGGGGCGCGCUGUGGCCGGGGCACCGCGAGGACCAGCCGCGGGCGACCCAGCGACCUUCCCGCCGCAUCGCCCGCGCCCGCUCGGCUUCCCAGAAAGGUAAUUCCUUUCUCACAUCACGUUCUCAUGGUGCAUGGAUGGAUUUGUAUAAUCAAUAAUAAUGAUGGGAAUUCUGUGGUGUGUCCUGAGCCUCUGCUUCUUUGGGAUCUUGCAAAGUGAAGCCUCGGAACGCUGCGAUGACUGGGGACUGGAUACCAUGAGACAAAUCCAAGUAUUUGAAGAUGAACCAGCUCGGAUCAAGUGCCCACUCUUUGAGCACUUCCUGAAGUUUAACUACAGCACAGCCCAUUCGGCCGGCCUCACUCUGAUCUGGUAUUGGACCAGGCAGGACCGGGAUCUUGAGGAGCCAAUUAACUUCCGCCUCCCUGAGAACCGCAUUAGUAAGGAAAAAGACGUGCUCUGGUUCCGGCCGACUCUUCUCAAUGACACAGGAAACUAUACCUGUAUGUUAAGGAACACUACGUACUGCAGCAAAGUUGCAUUUCCCCUGGAAGUUGUUCAAAAAGACAGCUGUUACAAUUCCCCUAUGAAACUCCCAGUGGAAAAACUAUAUGUAGAAGAUGGCAUUCAGAAUAUCGCUUGUCCAAAUGUGGAUGGGUAUUUUCCUCCCACCAUCAAACCAAACAUCACUUGGUAUAUGGGUUGUUAUUUAGUAAAGAAUUUUCAUAAUGUACUGCCUGCUGGCAUGAACUUGAGCUUUUACAUUCCUUUGACUUCAAAUAAUGGAAAUUACACGUGUGUGGUUGCAUAUCCGGAAAAUGGGCGCAUCUUUCACCUCACCCGGAGUGUGACCGUGAAGGUGGUGGGCUCUCCAAAAGAUGCAUCGCCCCCCAAGAUUUAUUCCCCCAAUGAUAAUGUGAUCUAUGAGAAAGAACCAGGAGAGGAGCUCCUCAUCCCCUGUACAGUUUUUUUUAGCUUUAUUAAGGACUCUCACAAUGAGGUUUGGUGGACCAUUGAUGGAAAAAAGCCUGAUGACAUCACUGUUGAUGUAACCAUUAGUGAAAGUGCAAGUUACUCUACCAUGGAAGACGAAACAAGAACUCAGGUUUUGAGCAUCAAGAAAGUCACCCCUGAGGACCUCAAGCGCCACUAUGUUUGUCACGCUAGAAAUGCCAAAGGAGAGGUUGACGGAGCAGCCACGGUCAAACAGAAAGCACCAAGAUACACAGUGGAAUUGGCGUGUGGUUUUGGAGCCACAGUCCUGCUGGUGGUAAUUCUUAUUGUUGUUUACCACGUUUACUGGCUGGAGAUGGUCCUCUUUUAUCGGGCUCAUUUUGGAACAGAUGAAACCAUUCUAGAUGGAAAGGAGUAUGAUAUUUAUGUAUCCUAUGCAAGAAAUGCUGAAGAAGAAGAAUUUGUCUUACUGACCCUGCGUGGAGUUUUGGAGAAUGAAUUUGGAUACAAGUUGUGCAUCUUUGAUCGAGACAGUCUACCUGGGGGAAUUGUCACAGACGAGACCUUGAGCUUCAUUCAGAAAAGCAGACGCCUCCUGGUUGUCCUAAGCCCCAACUACGUGCUCCAGGGAACCCAAGCCCUCCUGGAGUUCAAGGCUGGCCUAGAAAAUAUGGCCUCUCGGGGCAACAUCAACGUCAUUUUAGUACAGUACAAAGCUGUGAAGGAGACGAAGGUGAAAGAGCUGAAGAGGGCUAAGACGGUGCUCACAGUCAUUAAAUGGAAAGGGGAGAAAUCCAAGUAUCCACAGGGCAGGUUCUGGAAGCAGCUGCAGGUGGCCAUGCCAGUGAAGAAAAGCCCCAGGCGCUCUAGCAGUGACAAGCAGGGUCUGUCCUAUUCAUCCUUGAAAAACGUAUGAAAGGGAAAUGGAAGGAGUGAAAAGAACCAGGGGUGCUCCUGGAAGGAAGAGCUUCCUUUUCAUCACUGCCAGUUCUUGGUUUGAUAGGCAGAAAAAUAAUUCUGAAUGAGCCUCCUCAUGGGGAUAAAUUCAGGGCGACUGCAUGGCUGAUUGUUCUGCUACUCAGGCAAUACCAAGGUUCAGAAUGAUGUUGUCAAGUCUUGCCUGUCUCUGAUGUCACUAAGAAUGUUCUUUGCAGGCAGAGACUUGGUUGAUAAGAAUUCCCCCCUCCCCCUUCCCCUCUCCUCCCCCUCCCACCCGCUACCAGUCCCUCUCCACCUCUCCCCUCCCUCUCCUCCCCUCCCUCUCUCUGGCUUCCAUUUUAACACUAUGGAGCAACCUUGCCUGUAGAUUUAAAGAUCUUUUGAAGAUGCAUUACCUGUUGUCAGGAGUAUUACAAGAUUAUGAAUGCAGUUUUCUCCUUUACUUUUUUACUUAUCCAUUAAAAAUUUAAAAUAUAAUCAGGGCAUACAGUCAUUUUAGCUGCCGGGUAUGUUUGCUCACCUUUAAGCAUUACACCCACUUAGGGUGAUAGAAAACAGUGUAACUAAAAAUGUUCCUUACCGUUGAUUUAACGAACGUGCUAGAUUUCCUCCUGUUAUUCCACAUUUUCCCUCAUCUCAGGUACUUAACAUCAUGUUUGUAAACUUGAAAAAUAGAUCUUAAUGUUUGCUGUAUUAUAGUCAAUUCUGAGUCAUCUACAGAUUGAACUGUAUCCAUGCAUCUAACUCCUCAGUUCUUACAUCAGUCACUCAGAGCCUACAGGUGAAAAGCAAAGCAGAUGCUGUAGGUGGCUCACACUUGGUGCAGUCUGAGAGGAAACCCUGAAUGGUGCUAAUGGAGAGCAAGAAAGUAGCAAAAUGCUUUUAGUGCAUUUUUGACUUAUGAAAAGAGCACAGAGGAUGAUGUUUGGCAAUUUGUCUUUGAAUCCUAGCCUUGCUAAUGUGAGAAUUGGAAAAAAGAUUUCUCCAUAUUUGUGUCUCCUUAUUACAAGUUUUAGCAGGUAGAUUUAGAGAGGUCUUGAGAGGUGCUUUUAGCAUUAAUAUUCUAAAAGAAUUAAUUGUGCUUCCCAUAAUUUAGUCAUCAGUACAGAUAAUGAUUUAAUUCCAAAUAAGCCCACCUAAAAGGUUACUGUCAAUUAAACUUGCUUUUAAGUAAAAUUGUACUACACGUCAGAUUUGAAAAAGUCAGCUCUAAGUGCAGAAUUUACAGAAUAGUGUAUAUCUGUGUACAUGUAGAAUAUACAUACAUGCAUAUUCAUGCAGAGAAAAUUCAUACAUGUGUGUGUAGAUAUAAAUAUCCAUAAUCAGUGUUUCUGUGUAUGCACAUGAAUUUUCUAUUUGGCUGGUAUAUAUCAUGACCACUGAAACAGUAUUACAAGCCACUAGGAACUUUUACUUUUGUGCUGUUUUUAAAUUGUGUUUGUACUGUUAUGUGUUUGUGUUGGUAUUUUCAGUUCGUUAAUAUUUGUGAAUUCACAGCUCACAGAGUGGUAGUUGCCAUUAGCUAUCUUCUUUAGAUGAGUGUCAUAACUUACCACUGCCUACAGUAGGUGAUCUAGGUUGCAGGGCAAUCAGCUGUUCACUGAGCAUCCAUGGUCAUUGCUAAACACUAGACAGCCAUCUGGUAUUAAUUGAUCUUCUGUACUAUUCCCAGCAGGGCCAUUGAGAAACUAAGCUAUGUUAAUCUCUGUGCUCAGGUAUGGGAACUGUUGAACAAUACAGGACAAUGAAUAUACCUAUAAAUAGGCAACGCAAUAAUCCAUAAGUUAAGGAAGGCCCUUAUCUCAGUAGUGUAAAUGUGAAUAAGCAACUCUAAAAUUAACUUCUAUGUUAUAUUGUCCUGCAUCAGUGUUGUAGUCCAUAAUAAACCAUUCUCUGUGUGAGGAAGAAGUUUCUCCUCUAAAAUCUUGAUAUGGUGGCAUUCUUCGAACCAUUAUUUUUAGACUUAUUAAUGCUUUUCUUUAUUACAAAUAACUAUUAGUCCUCCUAUUAACUCAAAUCAUAAUGCCAGAGGAGAAUUGACUCCAGGUAAACUUUCAUCUUUUUUUUUGGCUUGAGUUUAGGUAAAGAAGGGAGAGUCUCAUCACCUGGGGGCUAUUCUUUUGUUAUGCUGCAUUUCUUUUGCACUUUUCCAUUCAUAUUUAUCCCAAAUCCUGUUGGGUAUGCCUAGAAAUUAAUUUUUUCUAUUUAUAUUACUAUGUUCGGAACUGAAUGCUUCCAAAUGUUGUAAUAUAGAGCACAUCAACUCUAAGCCACAAGUCUCAUUCUAAGAGAAUUUAGUUUCAAGUUUUGUUUAGUUUAGUGUUUUUAUGUUUCAGAAGAUGCCCAGUACGGAUUAUUUGAGGGAGAUGGGGACACAUAUUUAUAAUUGAUCAAGCAAGAACAAAUCAUGUCUCUUAAUUACAAAAACAGAAAAGAAGUAAAAAACUAGUGGUUUUAGAUCUGUGCUACAAGGACCUUCUGCACCCGGGGUAACAAAGAGUCAUGCUGUAUAGAAUGUCUAAUUCCACAAACUCAGUUUAUUUAAUUCUCCUUUGUACUGUAACUUAGAUGAUUCCGUAGUAUUCUAAUAAAAAAGCAUUCCGUUGUAUUGGGAAACAUGGUCACCCCACUUGUUAUUUACCAAUUUUCUUUUGAUGGUUUUAAUAUUUUAAGGUUACCUUUUUAAUUUUAUUCAUGAAUUUUGUAUUUUCCAUUUUUCAUUUGAUGUGUGUAAAUUUUACGUAUUUUUAAAAUAAACCAUUUAUUUUCAGCUUUGAA